AUGGCUUUCCAUGUGGAGGGGCUGGUGGCCAUAGUUGUAUUCUACCUGGCUAUCCUGGCAGUGGGGAUAUGGGCUGCUUGGAAAACCAAGAACAGCGGCAGUGAAGGAGAUCGCAGCGAAGCUAUUAUAGUCGGUGGAAGAGACAUUGGCUUGCUAGUUGGUGGAUUUACAAUGACCGCCACAUGGGUUGGAGGAGGUUACAUCAAUGGGACAGCAGAAGCUGUGUAUGUCCCAGGCUACGGUCUAGCUUGGGCUCAGGCACCUAUUGGAUAUUCCCUUAGUCUGGUCUUAGGUGGCCUUUUUUUUGCAAAACCCAUGCGAUCCAAAGGCUAUGUGACAAUGCUAGACCCUUUUCAGCAGCUUUAUGGAAAAAGGAUGGGAGGACUGCUGUUUAUUCCAGCUUUAAUGGGAGAAAUGUUUUGGGCUGCUGCCAUCUUCUCUGCCUUAGGUGCCACUAUAAGUGUGAUCAUUGACAUUAAUGUCAAUAUUUCAGUUAUUAUUUCCGCCCUGAUUGCAACUAUGUACACGCUUGUGGGUGGGCUUUAUUCUGUGGCCUACACCGACGUAGUUCAGCUCUUCUGCAUCUUCCUGGGAUUGUGGAUCAGCGUACCCUUUGCGAUGUCCCAUCCUGCAGUGACAGACAUUGGGUUCACGGCUGUGCACCAGGUGCAUCAAGCACCUUGGCUUGGAUCUAUCAACUCACUUGACAUUUACACAUGGCUGGACAAUUUCCUUUUACUGACAUUAGGAGGAAUCCCAUGGCAAGCAUAUUUCCAGCGAGUUCUAUCCUCAUCUUCUGCCACAUAUGCUCAAGUUCUGUCAUUUCUGGCUGCUUUUGGCUGUCUUGUGAUGGCUCUCCCUGCGGUACUCAUUGGUGCAAUUGGAGCAUCUACAGCCUGGAAUGAUACUGACUACGGUUUCCCUGACCCUAUGGCUAAUAAAGAAGCAGAUAUGAUUUUACCGAUCGUGCUCCAAUACCUUUGCCCAGUCUAUAUCUCGUUCUUUGGCCUCGGUGCUGUAUCUGCUGCUGUGAUGUCAUCGGCUGACUCUUCAAUUUUAUCAGCAAGUUCUAUGUUUGCUCGGAACAUUUACCAGCUUUCCUUUCGGCAAAAUGCUUCAGACAGGGAAAUCGUGUGGGUCAUGAGAAUCACUGUUUUUCUGUUUGGAGCGUCAGCAACAGCAAUGGCACUGCUAGCUUCGUCAGUGUAUGGCCUGUGGUACCUCAGCUCUGACCUUGUUUAUAUCAUCAUAUUCCCCCAGCUCCUGUGCGUGUUGUUUAUUAAAGGAACCAACACCUACGGUGCCAUUGCAGGAUACUUGUUUGGCCUUGUUCUCAGAAUAACUGGAGGAGAACCGUACCUCUACCUUCAGCCCUUGAUCUACUACCCUGGCUGCUAUCCAGAUGAAAAUAAUAUUUAUAUCCAGCGAUUCCCAUUUAAAACACUUGCUAUGCUUACCUCCUUCUUUACUAACAUUAUAGUCUCCUACUUAGCCAAAUACUUAUUCGAGAGUGGGACUUUGCCACCAAAGCUGGACUUCCUUGAUGCUGUUGUUGCCAGGUACAGUAGAGAACACAUGGACAAAGCAACUCUUGUAAAAAGUGACAAUAUUGUAUUAAACGAACUUGCACCUGUGAAUCCACGACACAGUCUAACUUUGAGCUCCACUUUCACAAACAAGGAAGCCUUCAAUUAUGUUGAUUCAAGUCCAGAGCUGUCCAACACUGAAGAUAAUUAA